GUAAUUUGGCAGCGACUUGGAAUAUACUUUCUUUACAUCAAGCAUUCGCCAGUGCUCUCUCUGUGCUCGUUCACUUUCACUUCAUCGUCUCGCGCCGGUUAUAAUCCCCAGGGAAGGAUCCAACUAACGUAUAAGCCUUAAAGCUUAAGGAAGGACAAAUUACCUCCAUAUCCACAAUGUCACUUCAGCCACAACCAUCGCACACUUCCCUUUCCUCAGUGACCUCUCUAUCCAGAUAUGCCUCAGCAAAAUCUCCCUCUAUCGAUCCGUACAACGGUAAUCCCUCACGAGAUUUUUGUAAUUCGUUCUGGGGCGGGGACGGAGAUGCCGGCGUUAAUGUGCUCUUUGCCAGGAUGCGCGGAGGAGUGAGGACAAUAGAGGGAUUGAAAGGAUUUUGGAAGGAGAGAGCUGCGAUUGAGGAGGACUACGCAAAGAGGAUGGGCGAGUUGGCGGGGGUUGAUCUUGGGAGAGACGAAAUUGGUGAACUUCGCAACUCGCUUACAACUCUCCAACUCGAAACCACCAAGCUUGCACAGACACACCUCCAACUCGCUAAUCAAAUUCGCAGUGAGAUGGAAGACCCCGCUGCGGCGAUGCUUAAUAAACUCUCCGACCAUAAACGGCUCGUAAUGAGUGCAGUGGAGAAGAGACAUAAAGCAAAACUACAAGCAGAGGUUUACGUCGCCAAAGCGAGAGAGAAGUAUUACGGGGAUUGUGUGAGAAUCGGGGUCUGUCGACAACAAUUACAGCAACUUCAAGAAAAUCCAAACUCUGGUGACCUAGAUAAGGUUCGCUCAAAACUCAAGCGUUUAGAACAGACCGUAGCUGCGAACGAGAAGGAUUACGCGGCGUUUACAAAGUCUUUAGCUGACUCGCUUCCUGCUUGGGAAUCAGAAUGGCGGAGCUUUUGUGAUGGAUGUCAGGAUUUAGAGGAGGAACGGUUAGAUUUUAUGAAGGAUAACCUAUGGGCGUACGCGAAUUCCGUUUCGACGGUCUGUGUAGCGGACGAUGAGCCAUUCGUACAGUUCUCGACCAAUUUGAAACAGACCGCGAUAUCCUCGCGUUUGUACAGGAAUACGGUACAGGAAGCUCAAUACCUAACCCGCCAGAAUUCGUACCAUUCCCCGCGUCGACUAUGGAUCCAUCCUCUAAUCCUACUUCCUCACAACUCUCUACGACGAUAUCUACCCACCCAGCCACGUUCAGCCGAAAAUCACGAAAAAGCGGUGUUCCUCCAGCAGCACCCCCAUAUGUGGCUGCUCAGACUGGCUCUUCUGCCAACCCUUCCUCUCAUCCAGCGUCUCACUCAAGUCCUUCCGCAUCUUCUAUAACUACGGCUCCAACGACAGCACCUCCUGUACCUCCACCUAAUGUACCUCCACCAUCUAUACCUGCUCCAACCAUGCCUACCAGUUCAAUUCAACAGCGGGGAGGAGGAGCAACACCAUCAAGUACAUCAUCACCCGCCCGAGUUUCGCCGGGUUCUCAACAACCGGCUACGACAAAUAUGAAUAAUGCUGUCUCGUCCCCACCAAGGAACACUUCGGCAUCUCCACAGCAACAGAGAGAUCAACGCGAUCAACGCGAGCCUAAUCAUCAGCAGAGGG